GGUCCCCGUGAUCCUCCUCUCCGGUCCCCGUGAUGCCCGCGGGGAUGUUCAGCAUCGACAGCAUCCUGUCGGGCAGACCGAGCUGUAAGGAGCCCCUGCUGCUGCACCGGAGCGGCCCCGUGCUCCUGUCCGCCGGCCUCUCCGACUCUCUCUACACCGAAUACAACGGACUCUACUCGGCCACAUGCGGGCCCUCUCCUCCCGGGAUUCAGUCCGUGAACGGGACCAGGAUCGGAUAUAACGGCUACUACUACGGAGGAGCCCCGCCGUGCUGCGGCUCUGUGCCCGGCCUCAGCCCGCAGCAGUGCCCCUGCAUCCCGCCAGGUUACGACAGCGCGAGCUCGGUGCUGCUGUCCCCGGUCCCUCACCAGAUGAUGUCCUACAUGAACAUGAGCAGCCUGUCGCGCACCGAGCUGCAGCUCCUCAACCAGCUGCACUGCCGCAGGAAGCGGAGGCACCGCACCAUCUUCACGGACGAGCAGCUGGAGGCUCUGGAGGGCCUCUUCCAGGAGACCAAGUACCCGGAUGUGGGGACGAGGGAGCAGCUGGCCCGUAAGGUCCACCUCCGAGAGGAGAAGGUCGAGGUUUGGUUCAAAAACAGACGCGCCAAGUGGAGGAGGCAGAAACGCUCUUCAUCAGAGGAGUCUGAAAACUCCCAGAAAUGGAACAAAGGGGCCAAAAGCUCCGAGGAGAAGAGCGAGCUGCAGACCAAGAGCGACGUGGACUCAGACAGCUGAUGACGUCACGCUCACGUGGGUCCCCACCUGUACAGAAAUGAGAGAGGACUGUGAUGAAGACCGUGUUUCCAUGUUGCACACUUGUACAUACCUGCCUGUUCUGAAUGCUUUCCCGUGUUUCUGCCUUAUUUAUAUUGUUAUUUAAGUUGGUGAAGCUCCACAGAGCGGCCUCCUGUCUGUAGAUGAUGUUCUCUGUCACAGUGGUCGCUGUUAAAUAUUGUCAUUGUCCGUGUAACGGGACUCAGAAUGAGCCUAUAAGCGUUACCCAUAAUUCAUGGUGUCAUGAGCAGAGGCACAGUUGUACACAGCUACGAUGACGUCAUUUUAUUUGACAGGAAAUUAAAAAAAACAUACGUAAAAGGACGAAUUAUAAA